UUGUAUCUCUAACCAUGGAAAAAAAGAAGUCCAGCUUUAUCUCGUUUCCUUCCUUUCUUUGUCAUUGUCCAGAGGGGUGUUGCUUCCGGAGUAGGGCACCACAGACCCUACAUCCUCCACAAGUUUUUUCAGCAGACGUUAUAAGUCACCACAUCCAGAACUGCUCACAGCUGACAGUGUUUUUGCCAGUGAAGGUAAUCACAAUGACUAUUUGGAUGAUUUUUUUGUUGUCAGUUAGGACAGGAUUUGGCCAGGAGCAGGGAGGCACUUGUAGACCUUUUUGUUCUGGGAGUGACUGUGUUACUUUGAACCAUGAAAGGGUGGAUUUUAAAACAGCCAAAGAAGCAUGCCAUGGUAGGAAUGGAGAACUGAUGACCUUUCAGACCAAGAUAGAUGAGACCAUCCUUCACACUUUGAGUCAAGAACUAUAUGGAAACUUCUGGAUUGGACUCUAUUUACCUUCUGGCACGUGCAGCAACCUAUCAGCACCACUGAGAGGUUAUAAGUGGACCUCUGGUAGUAUGCAAAGCAGCUUUAUUCCAUCCCUCUGCAACUGGAACGACGGCUCUGAAGUCUGCUCCUCACACUGCGUGUCUCUUUCAAAUGAUCAAAAGUUGACGGAGAGGUUGUGCACUGACAGAGCUGAUGGAUAUCUGUGCAAAAUGAAGUACGAAGAUGCAUGCCAGGCUCAGAAACUAACAGAUCCCAUUGUUUUCCAGAGCUCUAAAGGCUGCUCACUUGGCCCUUGUGAACAUUUAUGCACUGAUGUAAAAGGAGGAUACAAAUGCUCUUGUUUCAAGGGAUAUAUCCCAGACACUGUCAACCCCCGGAAAUGCAAAAUGCACUGUUCUCAACACACAUGUCCUGCAAUCUGUCAGCAUAACCCUGAUAGUGCAUGCUUCUGUCCUAAUGGCUAUAUAGCUAUUGAUAAAGUUUGUGAGGACAUUGAUGAAUGUUCGAUGGAUUGGUGUUCUAAAGGAUGUAAAAACACUUACGGGAGCUUUGUGUGCUCCUGUCCAGAAGGAUUUGUGCUUAAAGAUGAAGUCAGAUGUAUCAAAGUAGUGCACAGUGAAAAUUAUAUGGUCACAACCCCUAUUGUAAUAGGUUCUGCACAACCGGCUGCAAACAAUAACACAUUCAAGGAGUCUUCUACUGCUGGUGGUUUUCUCUGGAUAUGGAUUUUCCUGGCUCUGGCUGUAGUUGUGUUAAUAAUUGUCAUAAGGUUUUAUGUGGUGAAGUGGCAGAAAGGCAGAGAACAAAACUUCAUGCAACAAUCUGCUGCUCCUGUGGACAAUAUUGAGUGUUAAAAAUGAGUUUACAAUUAUGUUUGCUUGAGAUUUUACAUUUUGGGAUAUUUGUGUAGUUCUGUUACAUUUGUUGGAUGGCUACUCUACAUAGGGAAGCUUCUCAAAAUGAUAGCAAAUCCUUGAUUUUUUAAGUCCGGGUGUAACACUAAUUAUUUUUUUAUUAAUAACAUAAUUCAGAAGCAAGCUGUUUCACUGAAGUAGAAGGACUGGGUCAAGCAGUUUCUUAUUUGUGUGAUUGGAAGCAGCAAUAAAGGAAAAUCCAUCAUUUAAAACAAAGUCCAAAUUCCAUUUAAAUGGAACAAGCUAAAUUACUUGAAUGAUAGUACCUCAUGUUGCUUUUGUUGAAUGUUGAACUGAGAGUUUAUUUGUUGAGUUGAUACGUAGUCAUAUAUUUACAAAUAUUCUCAUUGUAUGAGUUUUUCUUUGACAUGUUUCAUUUGAAAACCAAUGAAUGAGUAAAUGUGUCAGAUACACAAUAAGCACUCAAUGAACAUUAAGUAGAAAUGAAGCAGAGCAUUUCACAUAAAAGGAGAAUCCUGAAAAAAAUGCCAACUUAUAAAAUGUUACUUCUUUCUGUUACCUAAGUGAAUGUAAAACACUUCUAAAAAAAAAACUAUAUAUUUUUCU